CCCGCCGACGAUGAUUCACUUUGGCUGAGAGAGGAAAGGGAAAGAAAGACAACGAGAAUCACUCCCUCACUCACUUCCUUGAUUUCUUUUCCUUAUCGACCAUGAUGGGCGUCGAGACACGCCGAAGACCGGUCUUGCCUGCUCCCACUGAAUCCAUCGUCGAUACCAACACCACAGGCGGCAGCCUCACAGGCACUGAUCUGGCAACUGACAUCUCUCGCCGCACAGACAAAUCCUCUUACUCCAUUCCAGACGACGGGACUCCCGUCACCAUCCCCACCCGUCGGAGACAACACCGUUCCCGCGGGGACGACUCCAAGCUGUCCCGCUCAACGCAGCACUCCCAGACCUCCCUGCUCAUCGAGUACUUCGAGGGCGGGAAGGGUUCUGGUUCCCUGGUUUCUCGGCCUAGCGUCCGUGUCAGAGUGACCCCUUCCUCCGCUCGGAAGUUGAAGGAUCAGAAAGACCAUCUUCAAAUCACCGAGUCUAGCGGCAACCGCAAACCGGUUUACUCCCGCCGCAUUUCUCUCGGCUCGCCCCACAAGCACAAGUUACUGACCGAGUCCGGUCCCGAUGAUCACAGUAUAAGCUCCUCCAACUCAGCCACCGAUGAGAACCAGCCUCCUGGUCAUUCUCCCGUCGAAAUUGAGUUCAUGGAUCGCCACAGGGGUAGUGAAAUUUCCAGCCUGUCGCGCGACACACGGUACAUGUUACCCGCCUCAGACAUCUCAUCCAUGCCUGCAGAUAGCAUGCUUGACGCCCCUACGUCUGGCCUCCGUCGCAAACGCAGUCAAAGUCUAGAGAGAGCCCCGAGCCACGAGUCUAAGGACUACCUCAAGGCUCCGAGACGGCAAAGAAGUCGGAGCUUGAGCACCGAGCGCAUCGCUCAUCGCGUGGCAGAGAAGCUUAGCAACGACCCUCGCGACGGCUCCCGCCAGCGUCGACGGGCAGAAAGGACCAAGUUCGACGACAGUGAGGAGGCAAGUUUUAAGUCUCCGAGGCACCGUGGACACGACGAUAUGAUGAGUCCUGAGUCCAGCCUCCUCAGCGCCUCGGCCGUCUCCUCGCAUCGACGAUCCGGUGACCAGUACUCUUUCCGUUCCGGUACCUCCAAGUCCUCUAUCAACAACCCGAAACUACUUGAAACCGUUGAGGACGCGAUCCGAAGGCUAAUCUUGCCCGAGUUGAAGGAGCUGAAGAAAGACCAAAAAGUCAUGUCUAAUACUUCCAAGUUUGAUAGGGAUAUGAAUGCCUCGCAUUCGUCUGCCAGUACACCUUCACGGGAUGAAUUGGGACGUCGACUAUCAAAGCAUGCAAGUGCACCUGACGUCCGAAAGCCCAAAGUCGUUCUCAACAAGGAUAGUCGUGACGAGGGAAUCACUCUGUCCGGGGAUUCGGUCCCUUCUCGGAACGAGCGGCGAUCGAGUAAGGAGAGCGAAAAGUCACCCGACAUCGGUUACAUCAAAUGGGUCAACCGACCGGAACUGACCGAGCAAGAAAAGCUGCGUCGCCAGAGAAGCAAAGGUUUGCGCGAGGCAGAGAAAGCGGCCAUCGUCGGGAGCGCUCUAACAGCGGCGGCUCUGCAACACCACGAUUCGCGUUCGAGCUUGGCCAGUAGCGAAGGAAGACGCAGAAGCAGCGGCCCCCGGAGCCCCACUGAAGGUCUUAACGAGACCGAGCUGGUCUUCCAAAGACACAACGUCGCUCCUAUGCCGCUACGCAGUGCAAUUGAGUCGGACCUGACAAGGGCUUCAUUGCUCUCAGAGCAGUCUGCUGAUCCGUACCCCUACGAGAGUUCUCAUUUACAGGAUGUCUCGCAUGGGUCUCCCUACCAAACCCUCUCACCGACUCCACGCAGCCCGGGUCAGGCUUCUCUGGACUCGCGCCAUGAUCUAAAACUCAAACAUAGCAACCUUUCCAGCCACAAUCUGUCUCUGCGCAGCGUCUCGAGCCGUUCGUCCGUCGGUGACGCAGCGGACGGAGCGAUUGCGGCGGCGGCUGCAGCAAACCUACUCGACGUCCAUCCAGGACACCAUGAUACCAAUUAUAGUGAUCUCCCAAGUCGACGACGGACACUUAGCCCCAUCCAGAGCGUGGCAAGUAAUAUGAGCCAGUCUCCAGUCAAGCAGGACCCGACGUCUUACGAUCAACACGACUAUUCCGACGAUGAAAAGGGACUGGAGCCACGGUUAUCGAUCGAUUCGCUCUCUUCUGCUCCCAGUACCAAUCUUGCGAGGUCAACCCGCCCGGAAGGCCUCAGCAUCAAUAGUCAGACCGAGUCCUUGAGAAACCAGCAUGACCCGGGACAUGAAUUGGGCUACGAGGAAACGCCUAGAGCAUCACCACGAGCUAGUCACUGGGCCAAACACUCCGAUGCAGAAGAUGAGGACGAUGCCUAUGAACACUCAGACGCAAGCACCAAGGGUAGAAGGACGCCUAGGCACAAGGAGGACAGCGAGUCCAAUAUCAUGGACCACGCAAAACAAGGUCAGCCUGUCGCCGACGGCGUUGCGGCCAAUCCACGAUUUGUGCACCCUCUAGCCGUAGAGUCGGCAGUGGCUUCGCUGUUGGACCCCACCAUUCUAGACACGAAGUCUAGUCAGUCCGCGGCCAACCGUUCCAUGAACGAUAUCCCGGAACAAGGGGAAAGCGAUCAAGAUGACGAGAUGGAGAAGUCUGAAGUGACUCCUCAUGCUUCUCGCCAAGGAAGUCCCCUCAAGCAAGGUCAAAAAGCGCCGAGUCCCGAUGCUACAUCGUUUCCGAGGCGUAUGGGCGCCACUUCGCCUCCCCAGAGCGUCACGCAGUCAUAUGAAGACCUCACAGACCCGAACCACAUGUUUGCCGGACUUCGCGACCAGAGCCCUCUUCCCGAGGAGGACCCGCUUCCAGAUACCGAAUCAGAAAUCAAUACGAAUCCUUCCAUCAUUCAAGGACCGGCGGCCCAAGAAGCUAGUUGGUCGUUCAACCACACGCCUUCCAAAGAUGCUCCCUCCCCUCUCUUUGACAAGGGUGGUGGUGGUGGUGGUGGUGGUGGUGGUGCUGCUGCUGCUGCUGGUGCGGGCUUGGGGUUAGACUCGCAUUACAACCAGGACUAUUACCCCGAAGACGAGUACGCUGCCAAUGACUAUUAUGGCGAGCAGUAUUCUCGGCAAUCGUAUGGGACGCCUCUUGGAGCGAAGGAUGAGGGCUACGUCUCGGCUGCCAACCCCCGGUCUCCGAGCCUUGACACUCCUGAACCACUCAAAAAAGGGAUGGGAGGGAUUGAUGCGACUAUGGGCUACUUCGACGCUCCAAUGGGAGCUGAUGAUGAUUUCAUGUCUGGCCAUCAGCGACACUUGAGUGGGUAUUCCCAUGGGGUUGGUUCUCCCUUAUACGACAGUGCCACUGGCAAAGGCAUCGAUCGGAUCCAGUCGAAAGAUAUCGUCGCCCUUAUGGACCAUCUUACCGUUCGCGAUGCGCAACGAAACGCCAGAGAUACGGAGAUUCUGGUGACGCUGGUUCGAAGCGCGGCCGAGAUGCGCAACUCGUUUGAGGAAAUGAAGAAGUUUAUCGCUCAACAAGAUGGGAUGCUAAUGGAAGCCAGUGAUCGACAACAUGAGCGUACAUAUCGGGCUGUGGGGGGACCGCGUCCACUGCCGGUCAGUGCGCGCAGCGCUCGUCAGAUGUCUAUGGAGGAUGGCGAGGAACUGAGCCAGAAGCGGAAGAACAUCUUCAAGCGUGCGCUGAAGGGCUUGAGUAUGAAGAACUCGAAUGAUUUGACCAAAAUCGAGGAUAUGUUGGAACAGUUGCUGGAGGAGGUCGAGGCGCUGCGGCUCAAUCAGGAUCAAGGAUAUGCGCGUGGCAACCGGGCUGCUAGUGUUGAUCCCGAAGGCUACGAGCCCGAAGGCCAUGCAGGUACUUCUUCGCCUGGAAAUCCUUCUGAGUAUCUUUCGACCUCGUCACAGCUCGUUCAGGACCCAACUCAAUUCCGCAAAGGCCUUGAGAAUCGGGUGAGCACAGUCCAGGAGGUCGAUGAGGAUAUGGAAGACGAUCGUGGAGAGUUUCUCAGCCCUCAUCUCAUGUCCCAAAAACCUACUAGUCGAGCGGAUAAAGCAAGUUCGGUCCCUGUCUCGACGCCUCCGCGGGAUGCGAUGGCCUCAGGUGCCCUCAGCGCCGAUACCACUCCAAAAACGGCGGAGAAGGCCAAGAAGCACAAGUCCAGCAGCUCCUCGUUUUUCCCCAAAAUUUCGCGCUGGUCCAAAACCACUGCCUCCUCUAUGGGUGACAAUAUCCGCAAUAGCAUCCAGCCAAAUCGCAAAGAUCGGGCGUCUUUCGAUGCUUCGCGGUCUGGGUCCGACCUUGCACAGGGACCAUACCCCACGACAAACUACUAUGAUCCUCAGAGUGAGGACCGACUGCAGUCCACUUAUACUUUAGAUGACCAACAGCACGAGAAUCGGCCCCCAUCGCCAUUGGUACCAUCCCAGGCUUCCGAGACGCCCAAGUAUCGGGCUCACCGCGGUAGCCUCGAUUUGCACCAUCCACAGCCCCGUCAAGGGCCCACUGGGCGAUAUCAAUCUCAACUAGAGACGCAGGCUCAGGUGUACACCGCACCAUCCGACCCGUGGGGAUCCAAUCCCAGCUUGUCGGGGGUGAACACCAACCCACGCUACAGUGGUGGCGGCCGGCUGUCUCCCAUUUCCGAUGCAGGCUAUUCUGAAGCAAGCUCUCGCCAAACGGGACCUCCACGCCCGCCCAAGAUCAAAGAUGAAGGGCCGUUGAUCCCGGAGAGACCCUCGAAAAUCAAGGAUGAUGAUGAUCGAUCUUAUGCGGAUCGUGUCGUUUCACGGAGUUCUGCUGUGCAAUCUCCACGCAGCACGCCUCCACCGCGCAAACCGACAGGGCCUCGUCCGCUUAAUUCGGGCAGCCAAUACAGCCCGGCCCGGCGGAAGCGAAGCCAGUAUCGGUCGACCAGUCCGGAGCAGGUCGAUGCCGAGCUUGACUAGACGUGAUGAUUUUAGUUGAUACCCUUUUCUUUUGGUUGGUUACUGUUUCAAAAUUUAUGACAUAAUGACAUGAUAGUUGCACCAUGUGCUAUGACCAGCGUCUUGCAUCUGUGCGAGCAUGAUAUUUUGUAUUCGGCGGUCGUGCUUUUGCCUUUGUUAUACCAUGUAUCCAAUUGCCUACAGUUUUAGUGAUGCCUCCCUAUUGACUUGACUCACAUUGUGUAAUGAUUAAUUGUAUCUUGAGAGGAGGGUUCAUACAGUAAUGCAUUGAAA